GACUCAUCAAACAAAAUUUUUUCAGCUAUAAAUAUAGCAGAGCUCUCUCCUUAACACAAAUUCAAGACCUUCAAUCUACUAAAGCUUUUGCUCACUACUAAAUUCGUCUUUCAUUCCAAAAAAAUUUCUGAUUCUGUCACUGACAGCACGUAAUAAAUACUGAUUCCGUCGCUGACUACGUGGUGAUAAGAUAGAAUGGGGUUAUGCGUGCAGUGUGGUACUCGCAGCAACCCAUGCAGGUGUAAGGUAGUGGGACCGACGCUUGGAUUUGUGGCCAUGGUUGUGACGGCGGUGGUGGAGUGGCCGGUGGGAGCUGUGGUUUACAUAUUCAAGCACGCUAAGGGGAGACGUAUAAUGGGUCAUCCGGCCACCGUGGUGUAUCCUAAGGUCAGCCGUUGUAUUCCCAUCUAGACAACAACUCUCCUGCCGCUCCCUUUCAAGUUUCAGCUGCUACCCCAUCAGAAUUGUCUUGAAUACUUUGUGUUGUAUCUUUUCCUCUGUUUUUGUAGUGCUCUUGUAAUCUUGUUACUCCGCCGGUCUAUCUCUCUUGCCUCCUACUAAUUUCUUUACGGUAUUUAUAUAAUAUUUUAAACUGUCA